AUGAACUGUAUUAAAACCUCCUGGGAUGAAGAAGAUCAGAGAAGAAACUACAGCUGUCCUCUGUGCCGAGAGACUUUCUACCCGAGGCCUGUCCUGGUGAAAAACACCAUGUUGGCAGAGUUAGUGGAGGAACUGAAGCCUCACUACCAAUCUCCUACUUUAAAAAAACGCAAAUGUGUCGAAGCCUCCGUUAAGCUCCAGGAGAACAUCUGCUCCCAUCAUGGUGAGGUAAUGACGUUUUACUGUCGCACUGAUCAGCAGUGUAUUUGCAUUCUCUGCUCAAUGGAUAAUCAUAAAGGCCAUGAAACCGUCUCAGCUGCAGCAGAAAGGAAUGAGAUGCAAAAGGACCUCGGUGAAAUUUGGCAAAAAAUCCAGCAGAAAAUCCAGGAUCGAGAGAAAAAUGUCAAGCUGCUUCAGAAAGAGAUGGAAACUAUCAAUCACUCUGCCGAUAAAGCAGUGGAGGACAGUGAGAAGACCUUAACUGAGAUGAUCUGUGUCAUUGAGAAAAGAAGCUCUGAUUUGAAGGAGCAGAUCAGAUCCUGGCAGAAAACUGAAGUGAGUCGAGUUAAAGAGCUUCAGGAGAAGAUGGACCAGGAGAUCACUUACAUGAAGAGGAAAGAAGCUGACCUGGAGGAGCUCUCACGCUCAGAGGAUCACACCAAGUUUCUUCAAAGUUACCGCUCACUGUCCAUACUUACUGGAUCUACAGAUUCACCAAUACCAAAAACUGAUCGUUUGUGGUACUUUAACGAUGUGACAACAGCUGUGAAAGCAGCAAGUGAUAAAAUGCAGAAAAUUCUUACUGAGAAACUGCCAUUAACGAAACUCAUGAACAGAGCUGAGUACUUAGAAUAUUCAUGUCAAAUCACGAUGGAUCCAAACACAGCAGGGUAUUCGCUGGUUUUAUCAGAUGACAACAGAAAAAUAACAUAUACUGACCAAUAUAUGUCAUAUCCUGAACAUCCAGACAGAUUUUCAUACUCCAAACAGGUCCUGAGUAAAGACGGAUUGACUGGACGUUGUUACUGGGAGAUGGAGAUCAGCAAGGAUGCUGAAGUAGCAGUCGCUUACAAGAGUAUUGCCAGAUCAGGGGACUCUCUUGUACAUUUAUUUGGAUAUAAUAAGAAGUCCUGGGUAUUACGCUGUAACGAUAGUUACACCUUAUUCAGGCAUGACAGCCACACAACCGUCAUCUCUGCCCCUAAAUCCUCCAGAAUAGGAGUGUACCUGGCUCACAGCGCAGGUACUCUGGCCUUCUUCAGUGUCUCUGAAACUAUGACUCUCCUCCACAGAGUCCAGACCACAUUCACUGAGCCGCUCUAUGCUGGAGUUUUCCUCAGUGGUUCUGAUGGAGACACUGUUGAGUUCGGUAGAGUCAUGCCAUCAUUAAAGAGGCAGAGGGUGGACUGA